UUCAGGAGAAGACCUGUCUUGAGGCUACGUCAUGGGACUGUGCUGAAUGUAGUUGUCGUUGUUCCCUAUUGGAAAAAUGCCAGAGGGGAUCUCCCACUUCCCAACUAUGGAGUUGGGGAACUCCAGCGCCGCUAGACAUCUUGGAUCCUGCUUCAGGGGAGUGAAUGUCAGCCAGGAACACCUUACAUCUCCUUGGUUUGCCACAACAUUUGGCCUGAUUGGCCUCUUCUCCAACCUCUUUGCCUUGGGCGCGCUGGUCAAUUCCUCCCGGAAGAUGCAGAGCUCAUCCGGUUCCUCUUUCUUAGUCUUCCUCUGCGGCUUGGUGGUGACAGACCUCCUGGGCCUUCUGCUCACUUUCGUCAUUGUCAUUCCCUACCACUUCCUCCAGUUUGAAUGGACGGAUGUUGAUCCUGGAUGCCACCUCUGCAAUUUCAUGGGCUUCGUCAUGGUCUUUUUCGGGCAGUGUCCUCUCUUGUUAGGUGCCACCAUGGCUGGAGAGCGUUUUGUGGGUAUCAACCGACCCUUUUCCCGGUCCGCGGGUAUUUCCAAACGCAGGGCCUGGACCUUGGUGGGUGUGGUGUGGGCCUUGGGUUUCUUUUUUGGCCUCUUGCCCUUCUUUGGCCUAGGGAAUUAUAGCCUGCAGUACCCCAACUCCUGGUGUUUUCUCACUUUGGUCCAUGAUGCCCGGAAUGUUGUUUUCUGCUUCCUAUUUGCCCUGUUGGGCCUCCUCUCUGUGGGUCUUUCCUUCAUCUUCAAUACAGUCAGCGUUGUGACCCUUUGCCGAGUCUACCAUGACUCUGAAUCCGUGCAACGCCGGAGGGACAGCGAGGUGGAGAUGAUGGUCCAGCUUUUGAUGAUCAUGGUUAUCGCAAGUGUCUGUUGGCUUCCAUUGUUG